UCGUGCCGCUGAUGACGCAGUUACGCUGCGCGGUCACGUGACGCAGCGCAGCGGCCUCUCCUCUCCUCCUCUCCUCGGUCCUUCCCAGGGUUCAAUGAGCGCUGUGUGGCCCCACCCCGUGUCUCUUCAGCGCUGUCUAUCUCCUCAAUGUAGGCUACUAUUCUCGGAGGGAGAGAACGCGAGAGAGAGAGAAAAGGCGAAAAAUACAAUCCGCGAAGAAUCGUUUUACUUUUACUUUUAAAUGUUUUUGGCUGGCGUUCACCUUCGUCGAGCGGCGGCCCGGAGAGGAGCGGCCUUCACGGCGUUUUUGAGAAACUGAUCGUCCCCUUGCAGAGGGAUUCGUCGGAGCCCAUUUCGGAGCACACGUGUGUUAUAUAUUUUAAAGGCAAAGGCUGUCGGUGCGCAGUUUUGGAGGCUUUGUGGUGAUGUGAGGGGCUGAUAACAUUUUCUGCAACAAAAGCGAGGGGCAGAAGAAGGAGGCCCUUUGGAGGAAAAAAUACAGCAAGGAACAGCCAUAUCACAAACAGGACAAAUUAGGGGGAUUUUUGGAUCGUUUUGGAGUCGAGAAAGGACAGGAAGCCGUGAAGUGGGAGCUGUCUUCGAUGUAGAGAAAUGAAAAGCGUCCGGAUGACGACGGAAGGAAGAAUAUUACACAUGUAGCUCGUUCGGGUGUCAAUAUUAUUUCUCUUCCUGCUUCUGUGUUCCCGACAAAGACAACCGUCGGGGGUGAGGUAGAAAUAGCCAAAGAGUCUAAGUACACACUUGUGGAGAUGUUUGCUAAGAAAGGCGACGUGAAGACGAGCCGCGCCACAGCCGGGGCGAGCUUUACGGACAGGCCGAGUUCAGCUCCUUGUCACGGGCAGCAGUGAGACGCGAGUCCCCGGCUUUUUGGAGAUGCGAGUUAGGCUGCUCCUGCUGCCUCCGUUUGAGGUGAAAUCCCGCUUUUGGAUUACAAAUCUCAGCCCACUUGAUGGGGAGAGGGAUUGAGUAAAGCUAAACGAACACUAAUCUGCAUGUGAAGGAGGAAGGAAGAAUAAUACAACAAAAGUAGGGAUCUGGAAACUGAGACAGCGGCCUGCUGCCCCUUUUUUCUUCUGACAGCAAAACACGGACAUAAUUUUAACAGAACCGAACCACGGACAGAUUUUUAUCCUGUGAAGCAGCCCAGUUCCAUUCAAACUGGGUAAAUGUGUGAAACCUUGUCAAAUCCGAGGGUGAAACGAGGGGAUUAGUUUCAUUUAUUUAUUUUUGUUUCUACAAAUCCACCCCCCUCCCUCUCUUGCACUACUAGUCCUUCCACCUCCUCUUCCUCCUCCUCCCAAGGAUCCCCAUUUUUCUUUUUCCCUUUUUUUUUUUUUGUUUCUUUUUUGGAAAGAUGGGUUGUUUGGGCAACAGCAAGACGGAAGACCAGAGAAAUGAGGAGAAGGCACAAAGAGAAGCCAACAAAAAGAUUGAGAAGCAGCUCCAAAAAGACAAACAGAUCUACAGAGCAACACACAGACUACUACUUCUAGGAGCUGGAGAGUCGGGAAAGAGCACCAUAGUGAAACAGAUGAGGAUCCUACAUGUGAAUGGCUUCAAUGCAGAAGAAAAGAAGCAGAAAAUUCAGGAUAUUAAGAACAAUAUAAAAGAGGCUAUUGAGACCAUAGUAACAGCCAUGAGCACCCUGACACCACCUGUGCAGCUGGCAUGCCCAGAGAACCAGCACCGGAUCAAAUACGUCCUCAACCUCGUCAACCAGAAAGACUUUGAUUUUCCAUCUGAGUUUUACGAUCAUGCAAAGACGUUGUGGCAAGAUGAAGGAGUCCGGGCAUGCUACGAAAGAUCCAAUGAGUAUCAACUAAUUGACUGUGCACAAUACUUUCUAGAUAAGAUCGACAUUGUGCAACAGAAUGACUACACUCCAACUGAUCAGGAUUUGCUUCGCUGCAGAGUUCUCACUUCAGGGAUCUUUGAGACAAGAUUCCAAGUAGACAAAGUUAAUUUCCAUAUGUUUGAUGUUGGUGGACAGAGAGAUGAACGCCGGAAAUGGAUUCAGUGCUUUAACGAUGUAACAGCCAUCAUCUUCGUGGUGGCCAGUAGCAGUUACAACAUGGUGAUCCGAGAGGACAAUCAGACCAACCGUUUACAGGAGGCUCUCAACCUCUUCAAGAACAUCUGGAACAACAGGUGGCUGAGGACCAUCUCCGUCAUCUUGUUCCUAAACAAACAGGACCUGCUUGCAGAUAAAGUGAUAGCAGGGAAAUCCAAAAUUGAGGAAUACUUCCCUGAAUUUGCCCGUUACACCACACCAGACGAUGCUUCACCAGAAUUUGGGGAAGAUCCUCAAGUAACAAGGGCAAAGUACUUCAUAAGAGAUGAAUUCUUGAGGAUCAGCACAGCCAGCGGGGACGGGAGGCACUACUGUUACCCCCACUUUACCUGCGCCGUCGACACGGAAAACAUCCGCCGCGUCUUCAACGACUGUCGAGACAUCAUUCAGCGGAUGCACCUGCGUCAGUACGAGUUGUUGUGAUGGGAACGAGCCGCUGUUCGCCAAAAACACACAAACAAAUAAGAUCAGACUACAAAAAAUAAAUGAAUAAAAAAUACUGAAUGCCGAGUCUCUGAACUCCCCUAUUCCGCAGAUGUGUGUGAGCGCCUGAGACAGAAAUAAGGCCAAAGUACACACACACACACACACACACACACACUUGCAGUAAACACCCUGAGCCCAGAACUACCCCCGAUGCAAACUCCCUACCUGAUGUAGUAAGAGCUAUUUAGAUGACGGGGUUUCAGGAGCUACAACAAAAAAAAUCAAGCGACUCAACCUCACCUUUUAGUGUCAUAUAUUGUCCUCCACACGUUGCCGCUCUUUCAGCGGUCCAGUCUGCGCUGAGUUUCCUACAGGUGUGAUUUUGUUGACGAAAAUGAAAACCAAGAGAGCUAAAACGUCAGCGCAACUGGAGGGGGAAUAACGGAUAACUCUUGAAUUACUGCAAAUGGAGAAGUCACGCGUCGCAGCUGAAGACUGCAUCAAACAAAACAAGCACUGUGCUCAGGACUUGACCCGUGUACACCAAACCUUCCGAUGGCUCACAGACAUCUUUAAAUCUAACGUAUCACACCUGCUUCUUACGGGACGGCAGAACUGGAUGGGUUUGGGGAGCUUCUGACAUGUUUGCCAAUGUGCCGAUUGAUUUAUCUCAAACAGGACUUGGGGGAUUGAACUAAUCGAGUCCCACGAGGCGUCGGCAUCGCCACAAUCUGAAACGGACCACGGGGGGCGGUGAUCAGGGCUCGGACUACAGGACGGCAUCGACGACGACUUCCCCACAGAACUGUUUUGCCUCCUGACUCUGCCUUGUUGAUUGUGGAGCAAAAUGUGCGGAGGAUAUAUUGAAUUUAAGACAAA